AUGACACGGUCAUUAAAGAAGCAGUCCUCUGAUGGUGGGCGAUUUUUUUCUAAACAUGGAUAUGGGGGAACAGCACCAAAUGGAACAAAGAAGAAUGGUGCUGGAAAGGCUAAUUGGGGUACAGAAGGUUCAGAAAUUGAGUUAUCGGAUUAUUUGAAAAAAGGACGUCGUCCAUCCAAUCCACAGUCUACGAGUGUGAAAUGGACGGAUUUUGAUAAGUUUAAUAAAGAAGGUUCGCCGGAAGCGAUUAAAACAGAUGAUUUAUGA